AUGCCCUUCCCCUCCAGAACUGCCCUCAUCACAGGUGCAACCUCGGGCAUAGGCCUCGCCCUCGCCGAACGCCUCAUCGCAAACGGCACCUUUGUCAUCGCCGUCGGCCGCCGUAAAGACCGCCUCGACGCCCUCGUCUCCGCCCACGGCGCUGACAAAGUCGUCGCCGAGCCGUUCGACAUCGCCGACCUCGAUGCCCUGCCGGCGUGGGUCCAGAAAAUAACAUCAACCCACCCAACCCUGGACACAAUAGUCCUCAACGCAGGCAUCCAACGCAGCAUAGACUUCACCGACCCCUCCACCAUCUCCCUCCCCUCCGUCUCCGCAGAACUCACAACCAACUACCUCGCCCCGAUUCACCUCAUCACCCACUUCCUCCCGCACCUCCAAUCUCUCACCACCACCACCACCGAGAGCUCCGCAGUGGCAUCCAUAAUUCUCGUCUCCUCCGGCCUCGCCCUCGUCCCAAUCCCCCGCUGCCCAAAUUACUGCGCCACAAAGUCCGCCCUCCACUCCCUCGCCUGGUCCCUCCGCGUCCAGCUGCAGUCGAGCGCGGCGUCCUCCCACAUCCGCGUCAUCGAGGUCGUCCCGCCCGCGGUGCAGACAGAACUGCACUCCCUGCAGCCUGACCUCGUCGCGGCGGGCCAGGCCAACUUUGGCAUGCCUCUGGAUGAGUUCACCAACGAGACCUGGGCUGCGCUCGAAAAUGGGGAGCAGGAUGAAAUCAUAGUCGGGCCGGCCAAGAAUUUUGCGCAUGUUGAGACGGACAGAAAGAAGAUGUUUCAUAAGAUUGCGGGAUCGUUCAAAGGGAAUAACAAAGCAUAG